GCCAGAAUGGAGCUGUAUUGCCCUGAUCUACAGGUUUGCCCCUCAGUGUUCGGUCGCAGACAAAGCCAGGUUUCUAGGGAGACUCAUCUCAAUGCUGCUGAAAACAUUCAGAGAUCGACGCAAAGUGUGAAGAGAGUUUCCGCGCGUUAUGCAUGCAAUAGAAACAUGAAGCGCGAACUCUGCAAACCUCCACCCUGCCGUGUUGGGAGGGUGAAUUUGUCAAGACGCCCUACCUUCUUGCUUGUCCUGGUAAGGCCUUGUUGAAUAGGCCUGGGGGCACCCAUGUCUCCAGAUCGAUCUGGUGGAGUUUUGGGCGUUUUGGGUCGACUUUAAGCGGACUCUUACGCUGCCCUUCCUUUCCUGCCCUUCACCACGCCCCAUCUGAGCUUCGACAAGGCGAACAAAAUGGAUCCAUGGGACAAGAACGGCUAGCGCUUCCCUGCGAUCGCGGCGUUGGGCUGGCGCUGAGGGCCUGUCCCCUGGGGCUUUCCGUUCCUCUUGUGCUGGGUGCGGACUUUGGCCUGGGUACGUGAGUUGGCAGGCUUAGCCGAAGAACGCUGCUCCAUAUCCUUGACUUUUUCCCAUAUCCCUUUUGAGUUCACUCAGGAGUGAUCCGGGAAGUACGGCCGUGGGUCCCCCAACUUGGGCUCUUGCUUCUCACUGCGUCCACAAAGAACCAGCCGGGCUUCCGAAAGAGGACGUCAAGGGUUCUCAACUCGCCAUCCAUGGCGCGAUGCUAGCUCGUGCGUCCAGCGCCUCUUUGCCUUAUUCCCCUCCUACGGACCACUCGACUUCUAUCCGUAUGCUACAAACAUCGAAUAACAGCAGGUCUCCAAGACCAGAAUUCGACCCCUUUGAUCUCUUUAGACCACCGAGCCGCAACUUUGCUGCGUUUCCAACUCACACAAGACUCGAUUUGGGCUCGGAUCAUUUCUCAAGUCAAGCGCGGACCGGAGGGGUGAAUCACCCGUAACCUUGACCGUCUAUUGGAUCAUCAUUGAACAUCCCAAACAUCUUUGAAUUAUUGCCUCUGAGCCGAUCUUCCUUUUCUCGACUUCCUUCAGAAAGCCUGUUCUUCCGCUUUCUACUCGACCAUUCGCACUCGCCCUUUCACAAUCCUAUACACAACCGUCGCUUCCAAACAAACUGUUGAAUGCAGAACUUCUUUCCUGUCCGUUACUCCUGGGGACUUUAGUUGUGGAUAUUAGGUUGAGGGUUCCAACGGACCGUUCACGCCCACCCCCACUGGCUCAGAACUCAGAUCAAGUCAGGCACUGGAGGCCGUCUCUACAUAUUCGCCUCCUAUAACGACUGCUUUUCGCCUCUGGGAGAGAGAAUUUCUCCGACCUUGUGUGCAUUCUCUUGAGGAGAGUAGUACGUCGCUGACCGCCGCCCGCGCAACCAUUCUUUCAACAUGUCUCGAUCCGGCCGACGAGGCCCUUGGUUACCUGAAGAAGAUGCUACUCUAUUGCAUCUCGUCAGAACACAGGGGCCAAACAACUGGGUUCGUAUCUCUGAGCACAUGCAGCAUCGGUCCCCCAAACAGUGUCGAGAACGAUAUCAUCAAAAUCUGAAACCUUCUCUGAACCACGACCCUAUUUCGGCAGAAGAGGGCGAAGUCAUCGAGCAACUAGUUCGCGACAUGGGAAAGCGAUGGGCUGAAAUUGCACGACGACUGGGCAACCGCAGCGACAAUGCGGUCAAGAACUGGUGGAAUGGUAGCAUGAAUCGCCGAAAAAGAAACACAGGACCACAUGGUGCUGCGGCGAAAAUGGUGGGAUACCGGGCGCAACCCAUUCUUGCAUCGGCAUCGUCUCUGCCCUUGAAGCAGCUUUAUCUACCAGACCAGCUGGCUCUUCCACCAUUUUCUGUCUCGGAUCCCUUUCACAGGCCCGAAAUCAGCCCUUCAAGCACCCUAGGCAUGCGACCAGAACGUCGAUACGAUCUUCUCCCACGGCCAGAUGGGCGCCAACUUUCCGUACAGACAGACUGCCGAUCUCUUUUAUACCCAGGGUGUGACCAGCCAAUUCUGAGCCCUCUGCAACCUCACUCGGCUUCUGCCAAUUUACCCAGUCCAGGAGGGAAACCUCUUCUGGGGUUCCAAAACUGGUCUCCCAGUCGACUAGAGUGCCAGUUGCCGCCUCUCAACUGGACUGAAGCCCCUGUUCCAUCUCCCGCGGCCACAGAAGCCUCUCAAGGGUCGUUUCCCCAGCAAGCGCCGUCGCUCGUAUCAGACAACCAGUCGAAUUGUUCUAUCUCGCCCAAGACGGUUACGUCCCCUCGUCCUGGAGGGACUGUAGGGAAAUUGCCGUCUCUCGACUUGUGGCCGGAGAUGCACCGCAGAAACAGCACAGGCAACUAUCCUGAUGCCGAGAUCGACGGUUCUUGGAAGGGGCGAGCACAGGAGGAUUUGCGAGCAUAUCGAUCCGCGGAAAGAGCAGAUUCGGUGAUCCCUGAAGUCACUGUUGUCCCAGUCUCGCCGCGCCCACCAUCGCCCCAGCAAGCUGCAACCCACCGCUCCAGCCUGAAUACCACGGAGCGGUACAGCCCGAGUCCAUCCGGCCGCAAGGCUACUUCACCGACCGAGAAGGACACUCGGAUGAACGUGGCACGGCUUCUCGAGUAAAUCAUGUCGAUGUCGGCGGACCCCAGACGCCUAAGCUGGGAACACUCGGCACAGUAUCGAGUCUGCUAACAACACAUCUACUCCAUUCGGUCUGGUCUCAAGUGACCAAUUGUAACAACACGGCGGCGGCAAGUUAGCCAUCUGGCACUAACUUUCGAGUUUCAUGAGUGGCAAGACUCUACGAUACCCCAAAUUGGCAAGGGAGGUGGUCGGUCGGGUGUUUUGGGUUUAUGUUAACAAGAAAAUCUACUCUAUUGUAUUGGUUUAAUGUCGGGCUGAGUUUUGACGAGAUGAUCUCUUUACGGGCGGGACGGGAGCCCCAGCAUUUGGGAACGAGUUGUAUUGAUUCUACAACGGAUGUUCUAGUUGGACUUCCAGGAAACAGGUUGCAGGGCGAACUCACUGGUGCUGGUAUGUUCUUUCUUAUUUUUCUUCUUCUUGUUUGGGAGCAGACCUUGAUGGGUACUGGGUACUGGGUACUGGAUGGGCACUGGGUGGACAGGCUGUUACUCGUACAUAGCUGGGGCUGGCAGGAUUGAUCCAAAGCUGGAACGGCCCACAAAUACUGUACUGCGGGCGGAUCCAGAAAAGACAGAAUCUAUUGUUUAAUUGUGGCUUUUACGUACAUUGUCUCUGGUAUGGACCGACC